AAAAGCUUGAAAUCGUCAUGACGGCUGCUCUAGCGUUUGUGGCGAUACUUAAACGGAAUUGUUGCCGCGUAGGUGAUGCGUGUCAUUCCCACGUGCACGCAAUUCUACCCAAUAUCUGUUUCUUCGGCGUUUGCCUAAUUGUACAUGCGCUGGCCGGGCCGUUGCAUGCACGACCUAGCCUUGUCUCGCGUGAAAUCAAACGCUAUUGGAUGUUGAAAUUGACUGGCUCGACAAUUGGAGGACUACAAAAGGCGUUAUCUCGCUCGACUGGAAUUACAAGCAGCCUUGGAUCGUCGAGAUGUCGCCACCACUGGGAUUUGACAAGAAGAGAGACAUUGAAGAUAUAUCGAUUGAGCAGGAAGAGGACAGUCGACCAUCGUCAGCAGAUGAACAUGUUCAGAAUGAAACUCGGACAAGAAGCGAUGACGGAGCUCGGGAUAAAGAAACACAGCCCAACGCCCUAUCGACCAUCACUACAGAGUCCGCAAUCCCGCCACCACCUGAUGGGGGUCUUCAUGCAUGGCUCAAAGUCUUCGGUGGCUUUAUGAUAUACAUAAACAUCUGGGGUUUUACACUAACUUACGGCACCUUCCAGUCCUACUACAAAACCGACCUGCUCUCCGGCUCUAAUCCAUCUGCUAUAUCAUGGAUCGGCACCGUGCAAGCCUGGCUGCUGAUUUUCAUUGGCGUACUCUCUGGUCCGCUUUUUGACCUGGGGUAUUUCCGAAGCAUGCUAUUAGUCGGAAACUUCCUCGUUGUGUUUGGCAUUAUGAUGUUGAGCUUAAGCACAAAAUAUUGGCAGGUGUUCUUGAGUCAGGGCGUCUGUAUGGGAGUCGGGGCGGGGCUUUUAUAUAUCCCGAGUUUAGCGAUGGUGGGCAUCUGGUUCUCGAGGCGGAGGGCUUUUGCUAUGGGAAUUGUUAUGAGCGGCAUCGCUGUAGGAGGAAUUGUCUAUAUCAUUAUGUUUGACCGCCUCACUAAGUCCGCGGGCUUCCCGUGGGCUAUCCGAGCAAUGGGCUUUGUCGCGCUCGCUGCAGCUCUUCUCUCUAUACCCGCUCUCCUCAGUGGUUCUUCUAUGCUCGCUAGUAAGCGCAAACGCCGCGCCCUCUUCGACAAGUCCGCUUUGAAAGAUCUCCGCUUCCUUGUUUUCACAUGUUGCUCCUUUUCGACCUUCCUAGGCUACAUCGUCCCGUAUUUCUAUAUCCCCACGUACGCAAGAGAAGUGAUGGGGAGCUCGAACAGUACCGCGCUGCAGAUGCUCAUCUUGUCGUUAGCUGGGAGCUUUUUCGGUCGCCUCGCAAGUGGUGUGUUGGCGCACUAUGUUGGCGCUAAUGUUACGUGGCUACUGUGUACCUUCGCCAGUGCGAUUAUGGCACUCUCUUGGAUCAGUAUUAAGGAGGAAAGCACGUUCAUUGCUUUCAGCAUCCUUUGGGGUUUCUUCUCCGCUGCCCUGGUUACUGUCCCCUCCGCAGCCUUUGCGAACAUUACUCCCGAUCUCUCACGCCUGGGAACUCGUCUAGGCAUGUCGUGGGCCGUUUCCAGUAUAGCGACGCUGAUAGGAGCGCCGAUUGCUGGUGCGUUGCUGAGGAAGAAGGAUGGGCGAACGAAUUUCAUUGGCAUGCAGAUAUGGAGCGGGGCGUGUCUGAUGGUGGGUACGUGUUGUUUAGUAGUGUUAUGGGUUGUGACGGUAAAGAAGCAGAAAAAGGGGUGGAGAGUGUAGGCAAUAUUCUGUGGAGCAGGCUCUAUAAGAACUCCCACGUUCACGCCCACCUCAAUCAUUUGCCCUUCAUGUUGCCUAUCUCUUUCCCCACACCCUCUUAUAGAUGCACGAUGGUGACAGAGCGAUCUAUCGGUCCGAAUAAGCAGCAUGAGCGUUUCCAGUUGCAAUCGGCCCUUUUGUCAUAUAAUAGUCGUCCAACUAAGCUUUUGGCUCACAAGGGUUUUUUACCCAUAUCCAUGGUCCCUCGUGGUCGGACAGACAAGGU